AUGGCCUCGUGGCUGAUGCGGCUGAAAUACCUGGGUGUGAGUGAUGGUGCGAGUGAUGGUGCGAGUGAUGGUGUGAGUGAGGAAUCUCAAAAGUCGACUCAAUGCGGAUACGUGACUCAGAAGUGCUCCCUGUGCAGCUUCGUGCUCGUGCGAGUGAGUGCUGCAGUGAGUGCUGCAGUGAGUGCUGCAGUGAGAGGUGGUGUGAGAGGUGGUGUGAGAGGUGGUGUGAGAGGUGGUGUGAGUGCUGCAGUGAGAGGUGGUACCCACAUGGAGCAGCAUCAAGGGGAGCUCCCUCCCAUCACCAAGCUUGUGAGGACUCUCAACAGGAUUGUGCAGCACGAGGCAUCAACUCACAUCGUACUGACCGCCGCCCUCUUGCCCCCACUUCCCAUGCCUGAUUCCCUUGCAGACCCAUAUGAAGCAGCAUCCAGGAGAGCUCCCCCCCAUUGGCAAGCUAGUGAGGACUUUGAACAAGAUCGUGCAGCACGAGAAAUCGUAUAUGACAUAUCUGCAGCCUUCUUUGUUACGAGACGAAUCCAUGAAGCCGACUAUAAGGGGGAUGAAGGACGAGUGGGUGCUCUACCGGUUUCUGUUGCUGCCCACUUGGGAGUGAGUGUGCCGCCCAUUCGUCAUACCGUUUCCGUUGGAGACAUUGUGGGGUUCCAUGUCCACCCCACACGUGUUUCUGCUGCAUUUGCUUCUGCUUCUCCUGCUUCUGCUUCUCCUGCUUCUGCUUCUCCUGCUUCUGCUUCUCCUGCCUCUGCUUCUCCUGCUUCUGCUUCUCCUGCCUCUGCUUCUCCUGCUUCUGCUUCUCCUGCUUCUGCUUCUCCUGCUUCUGCUUCUCCUGCUUCUGCUUCUCCUGCCUCUGCUUCUCCUGCUUCUGCUUCUCCUGCCUCUUCUUCUCCUGCCUCUGCUUCUCCUGCCUCUGCUUCUCCUGCCUCUAUUUCUCCUGCUGCCUCUGCCUCUGCUUCUGAAGCUGCUUCCCCUGCUUCUGCUUCUCCUGCUGCUGCGGGCGCUAAACCAGCCAUGUCCGACUCGAACGCCACAGCCAAGGCGAAAGCACCCAGUUUUGAGUCAACUCAAAAAGCCAACACAGGUCCUGACUCAAAACGUUCCGACUCAAAAGCCACUGCCGAGGCGAAGGCAGAACGCACUUCAUUUCCGGUUAUCUUUCGGCGAGUCGCGGCCAUUCCUGGAGACGAGAUGGUGUCAUCUCAGCCGUCGGAUGAGCCGUUUCGGAUAGAGAAGGACCAGUUUUGGGUGCUUGCAGACGACCCGGCUGUUCCUGCAAAGGGUGUUUGGCUGCUAGGUGCCACCAACUCGGUAGUUGCGUUGCACCAGUGCUGCUGUUCCUGCAUGGGUGAUGAGUUCACAUGUUGCACUGCAUAUGCUGCUGUCGCUGCCAAGGCAGGUGGUGCUUGCACGUGCUCUGCAAAAGCAAGCGAUGCUUUGCAGGCCGCCUUGGCCCGAGCGUGGCGGGAGCCUGUGCAAACUCCGUGCUUGCCUUUAUUUCUGCCGUUUCUCUUGCUUAAAGCUCCUCCCCCUUCUCUCUGUCUGUAUCUCCUCUCUCCCAGGCGGCUGUAA